AGCAGAAGGUGGACGUGAACUUCCUAGUUUGGGAUUUAGUUUCCAUCAACAAAGCCAGAAAACUCCGGUUCCGCUUCGGUUCCGGUUAUAAAGUCCAACUCUUCCGCCAUCGUUUCCCUUUUUUCUUUCAUGUCGAGUGUUUGUAGAUGUUAACAUGACUUUUCACACAGUUCUGUCGGUGGUUCUUCUUCCCAUAUGCUGGCUGCUGGUGUCCGUGGCGGAGGAUGCGACCAACCCCGCCGGCAGCACCGCGACAGCCAGACCCGCAGUGACGAACUCCAGCGGGGUAAACUCCACGCACGGCGGCGGGAAGAGUCCCGGAGGACCGUCCAACGGCCUCAGCGUGGACAGCUCGAUGAUCCAGAGGGCCCUGUACGUCCUGAUCGGCAUCACCAUGAUCGGAGUUCUUUACUUCCUGAUCCGAGCCGUGCGGCUGAAGAGGCCCGGCCAGAGGAAGAAGUACGGCCUGCUGUCAAACUACGACGACUCUGUGGAGAUGGAGGCGGUGGAGAGCGACGAGGACGACACGCUGUAUGAAGCUCGGAGCCUCCGCAGAUGAGUCUGGUCGGAGUCGUCGUCUGCAGCGUCUUCGGACGAGGAAUCCGUUUACCGUCAGUGUGGACGUCAGCUGAUAUUGAUUAUGGAUCGGAGAGAGAGGACUGACCAGUGACGGCUGCAGGAAGAAAAAAUUGACCAAUCAGGUAUUGAAGAUGAGGCCAAAGCUGCUCCAGGGACCUGAGCAGGACAAUCAUUUCUUUUUAAGGUGGUUUUGGAUUAAUCGCUGUUGUAAAGGUGGAUCUUUGUGGAGAAUCAUGAGGCCAAACUUUCCUCCUCUUUUCAUCAUUGUUAUCAUUAUUACUAUUAUUAUUCUUAUCAUUUCAAAGAGUCGCUUUCUAAGAAUGUUCUUUUCCACGUUGUCUCUCCUCCAACUGGGUGCUUGAACUACUGCAAACUGACUCCAGACCAGCUGGUUCAGCAGGGAUCAGUCUGAUCUGGGAUCUGGACUGAAGCACGACACGUAGCCAAAUCUGUCACGUUGAAAUAAACCAGACCGUGUUCUGUGUGCGGUCCACAGACACGGAGGGGGCGGAGGGUGGAUGAAUCCGGCUCCGGUCGGACCAGGAUGUGGCUGAAUAUUGAUCCAGACUGUAUUUAUUCUGUGAAGCUUCGUGUUUCGUUGAGCUCUGCUCUCGGCAGGAGACAUCUUGUCUUUUUUCACCUUCAGUUCACAGAUUAAAAGACUCUUCACUGA